AAAAUGAAAUUAAAUUUGUCAUAUAUCAUGCAUAGAUUCAGAUUAAAAGUUUCAAAUGCCUGAUAUUCAUUAAUUACUAACACCUAAACUCAUUGAAGUGAAAUACCCUAUUCUUCAUCAAUUUCGCACAAAUCCCAACAAUUUUGGGAUGUACCGAACCGUUUGUAUUGCUGCAUUGCCUCAAAAUAAUUGUACGCACACUUGUCAAGCCUAAUAGGUCCAUAUCACAAGCUAUCGUCGUCAUCAUCAUCGUUGAGGUUUGGUUAGAGAAGGAGCCACAUUGCUAUCGUAGUCGUAGAUAAACACAUCUACCCCUAUUACAUUGAAACAUUGACUGGCAGGUCGCACUGUCGCGAUAUCUCGUCGACACACUUGUAGGCUGCCACUGCUCGCGCCGCGCCGAACCACAACAAGCUACUGCUGGGCAAUAAACUAUCGCGCAUCUAUACUUCGGCCAGCAGCCACAGGUGCGACGGCAGUCAUUACCGCGACAUCGAGGUGUUCGGUGAUUUUUUUUUAUUAACCACGUUGCUAUUGCGGUUGCGAUCAUCGUCGGUAAUAACCGUGGAGAAGGUGUACAGAAAACCUUGCGAAUUUUAACCGGCAGAGUGGGUAUUCCCGUGGAUCUCUAGUGCUGAAGCUGAUGGGAUUGUUUCAGUUUGUUGGUGAAUCAUCAGUGUUUUGAGUGUUAUUGUGAUUGGAAGAAAUUCUGCAAGUGUUAUGUCUGGUACUUAACCCUAGUGAUAUUGCAACUGUUUGCGGGGGCGAAGCAUUGCUAAGUGUUUGUCAGUUUAUGCAGCUUUUACCGGUUUAGCAAGUACGAUAUUGGAAAACAUUCACCGGAGUCCUUAUCUAAGUCUACUUAGCGGAAAUAUAACUCAACUACUGGAAACCAGAGGAUUAUCUUCACUAGAAUACGAAGAAACCGGAUUGUGAAAACAAACAGAUAACAGAGAUAUGAAUACUCUCAGCUAAUGGACUGAUACAUUCAUUGAACCAACUCACUAGUCCCAACAGUAAGUUAUCUUAUAAAUCUACGCAAAAUGAGUGGAAUCCAGAACGAAGGCUACGACCACGACACGACCGGCACCAAGCUAUCACAUCGUAAACGAAGCUCAAUCGUAAACCCAGCCGAGAAUGGAAAUGGUGACAGCUUCACCCUUAAUCACCUGCCACACAGUGCCGUCACCGAAACCCCGGUUCCAGCAUCAUCAUCACACCUGCAACCCAAUGGGAAACCACGACAGACCGCCCUGGAUAGGUUCAGCGAUUGGAGGCGGCGGCACCAGACACACAUCCGGAUAGCGCUACUGGCAGCACUGAAUGCGGGCGUUAUCGUAUUUUUCGGCUUCGCUACCAACCACUAUGUGGAGAAAGACAAAACCUGCACCAAAGAAUGCGGCAUGAAAUGGUGCGAUGGGUACGGAAUGCUAGUACUUCUUCUAGGUUUCAUCUACCUGGGCCUAGUUUACUAUCACAUUUUGAAACCCCUUCUCCGGAAGCCGUUCAAACAAACCAUCGUCAGGCCACUGGGCUCAUUCUUUCGACAAUUGUUUGCUACGCUGUACGCCAAGCUGAUAGCCGUUGGAGUGGUUGUCGUUGCGUUCGCCCUGUUCUGCUAUUUCGAAACCAAGGACGAACCGGAAAGGCUAAUGUCGCUUGUCGGAAUGGUAGCGCUGUUCUGUGUAGCCUUCCUCGUGUCCAAACAUCCCACGAAGAUCAACUACCGUCCGGUGGUACUCGGAGUAACGUUCCAGUUCCUCUUGGGGCUGUUCUGUAUCCGAUGGGAGGUUGGACGGAGCAUCUUCAGCUGCAUCGGAGAUAAGGUCGCCACAUUCUUGAACUACUCAGCGGAAGGUGCCGCCUUCGUAUAUGGAGACUUUAUCGUUCGCAAAGAAGGGGUGUUUGCCUUUGCGGUGCUAUCUGUGAUAUACUUCUUCAGCUUCUUCAUCUCUAUCCUGUACUACUUGGGAGCGAUGCAAUGGGUGGUGCUGAAGCUGGGAUGGAUCUUGCAGUCGAUCCUGGGUACAACGGUUUGCGAAAGUGUGAUCGCUGCGGCAAACAUCUUCCUGGGUAUGAGCGAAUCACCUCUACUGAUUCGGCCCUAUAUCAAGGACUUGACCCAUUCGGAGGUGCACUCGGUGAUGACGUCUGGGUUUGCGACCGUGUCCGGUACGGUACUGGCAGCUUAUAUCUCGUUCGGAGCACAACCUGCUCAUCUGAUCACUGCCAGCGUCAUGGCAGCACCGGCUGCUCUAUGCUUUGCCAAGCUGAUCUAUCCGGAGACUGAGGAGAGUAAAACCCGAUCGGAUAACAUCCAAAUGGAGAAAUCACCCGAUUCGUCAGUCCUGGACGCCGCUUCGAACGGAGCCAACACCGCCACGGCCCUGGUCCUGGGAAUCAUUGCCAACCUGAUCGCCUUUGUGUCGUUCAUUGCGUUCCUCAACGGAGUCCUAGGAUGGCUGGGUGAACUCGUUGGAGUAAAAGACGCCUCGCUGGAGAACAUCUUCGGUACCAUCUUCCGACCGCUAGCAUUCGUUAUGGGCGUUCCGUGGGACGAAAGCUACUACGUUGGCAAACUGAUCGGUAUCAAGACCAUCGUCAACGAGUUCGUUGCCUAUCAGAAGCUGGGCGAGUUUAUCGACGGGAACUUCCUAUCGUCGAGGUCAGCCGCCAUCGCAACGUAUGCCAUUUGUGGCUUUGCCAAUCCCAGCUCCAUGGGUAUCAUGAUCGGAACGUUGAGUGCGAUGGUUCCGGAUAAGCGAGGGGUCAUUACGUCGGUGGCCUUCCGGGCGUUCAUCACCGGAUCGAUCGUGUGCUUUAUGACUGCCAGCAUAGGAGGUUUACUAAUGGAUGCGAAAAUCUUCAACAAUUUCGGAUAAACCUCCAUGCAGUGAGAAACACAAAACAGACAAAAUACCCUCCCAGUAUGUACUCAAGUCGUAAGCAUUUCGUUACUGAGUUCAACAAGCAUUUAAAAGCAAGUAUUGAGCGAUCAACUGGUUGCAUUUACUAAAUGUACUUAGAAACUCCUAAUGAGAGCAAACUAACUUAUCGUGUACCUAGUAGUAUGUAGUAUUGAACAAUUAGAUGCUAUUUUAGGAAUUUGAUGUUCGGAUAAGAUGAGAAGAUUGUUUUUUAUUGUACCAAUUGUAUAAAUAUAGUUUUUUUAGCAUACUGUUUGUGAAUGUCAAUAGAAAAAAGUGUAAAUAAACCAUCAAUCGGAA